UUUAAAAUUAUUUCUAUCCACUGGAUUAAAAAGGUAGUAAAUGUGGACCACGGUGAUGGUGGCUCAUUCUCCGCCCUCGGUUAUCGUGGCGGCGAAAAACAAACCACCGUCGCGAUUACCGGAGAAAUCUCAAAGUCGCAAGUCUACAGCAACCGGAAGCGCAGGGUUCGGCGGUAAAAAGAAGGAUCCUGUGUGGCAGUGUAUUCAGAACUGCGGCGCUUGCUGCAAGCUUGACAAGGGCCCUCAAUUUCCAUCCCCCGACGAAAUAUUCGACGAGCCUUCCGACGUAGAGUUAUACCAAAGCUUGAUUGGAAAAGAUGGUUGGUGCAUACACUAUGACAAGAAUACAAGAGAGUGUUCCAUUUAUGCUGAGCGUCCCUACUUUUGCCGGGUUGAGCCGGAGAUAUUUUUUACAUUGUAUGGGAUUGAGAAGAAGAACUUCAACAAGGAGGCUUGCAGUUGCUGUGUAGACACAAUUAAAGCUGUGUAUGGAAUACAUUCAGAAGAGUUGGAAAAGUUCAAUCGCGCUGUAUGGAGCACUGGUUCGAAAAUGAUGGAUUAAUUUUGAAAGUGUGUAUCUCCGUCCAUUUUGUAUUCUUGGAGUUAAACGCAGGCACACUUAGAUGCCACAGAACAGAGAAUUUGAUGGGCAGUAAUCAUUAAAUUCAAACUCAAGCUUAGAUGAACUUUGAUGUGUAAGGAUUUUUCAUUGAAGUUUACUUUGGUUGCAUGCAUUUUGUAA